CUAAACCCCGAAGCAAGUGAAGGAAGAAAAGAAACCAAAAAUCUCUCGGUAGGGGAUUGAAAGCCAAGCUAGCUAGCUACUUCAUUACUGUUGUUUUCGGGUUCAAGAGUGAUUAGCCAAGACGGGUCUUCCUAUUUGGAUGCUUGGGUUGGGUGCGGAUCGGUUGCGGGCCGACAUGAAUCGUUUGCUCGCCUUACUCUUCCACCAGGGUGUGCUGGAUGAGCAAUUCUUGCAGCUUCAGCAGCUUCAAGAUGAGACCUCUCCGAACUUUGUCUGUGAGGUUGUUAACAUCUAUUUCCAUGAGUCUGAGAAGCUCUUAAGAAACCUCAGAGGACUGCUGAUGGAGAGGGACUUCUCGGACUACAAGAAAAUGGGAAUCCAUUUGAAUCAGUUUAUGGGUAGCAGCUCGAGCAUAGGUGCCAAAAGAGUCAGAAACGUUUGCGUCGCCUUUCGCGCUGCUUCUGAACAGAACAACCGUGCCGGGUGUUUGAGAGCUUUGGAGCUGCUAGAGAAUGAGUAUUGCUACCUCAAAAACAAGUUGCACGAGCUGUUCCAAAUAGAACAGCAACGUGUUUUGGCAGCUGGUGCGAGAUACCCAAUGCAAAACUAAAAGCAUGCCAUAAAUAACAAGGGUUAUUUGAGUGCCGCCUUUCUGUUUCCGGUUCUUUGCUAAAAACCAAGCUAACCCUCUAAAACAUUGUAGUACAUGUGAGUGUCUGGCGAAGAAAUCAGAGAUGGGGUUUAUUUUUCUA